UUCCUCUUUCUCUCGGCGCAGGCUUCGGCGGCGGCGGCAACUCGAACCGACAUGGCCAAGAUCAAGGCCCGGGACCUGCGCGGCAAGAAGAAGGAGGAGCUGCUCAAGCAGCUGGACGACCUCAAGGUGGAGCUGUCGCAGCUGCGCGUCGCCAAAGUCACCGGCGGCGCCGCCUCCAAGCUCUCCAAGAUCCGAGUUGUUCGCAAAUCUAUCGCCCGUGUGCUCACCGUCAUUAACCAAACUCAGAAGGAGAAUCUCAGAAAAUUCUACAAGGGUAAGAAGUACAAGCCCCUCGACUUGCGGCCCAAGAAGACUCGGGCCAUGCGCCGCCGCCUCAACAAGCAUGAGGAGAGACUGAAGACCAAGAAACAGCAGCGCAAGGAGCGGCUGUAUCCACUGCGCAAGUACGCGGUGAAGGCCUGAGCCGGCGACAAUAAAGCAAUUGACUGGUUCUUUA